CUUGGAAAUCUGAAAGAGCAUUUACAAAGCUGAGCUACAGUUUCUUGAAGUUGCAAGUAGACUCAAUAUUGCUUCGAAGGAAGACCGAUACCAGAAAAAAUGGCGGACAGUGUCGUUUCUUUGCUCUUAGAGACGCUGAAUCAGCUGCUGGACCAAGAUGCUGACCUGCUUCUUGAGGUGGAGGACGAGAUAAGGUCGUUUCAUGUGGAGCUUGGAUUGGCAAGUGGCUUCAUUAGGAACUCCGAGGGUCAAGGGAAUGCCCAAGCGGUGAGAGAUUUGGCGAAGAAAAUCAGCGACGUUGCUUAUGAGGCAGAGGGCGACAUCGACAUGUUGGCUGUCGAUGUCGCCAAGCAAAGGAUGAGGGGCAAGUUUGGGAAAUUAAUUUAUGGCUUUCGCCACAGAAGCAUGCUCAACCAUGUUUCGAAAAAGAUCAACGGCAUCACGAAGCGAGUCAGAGAAAUUUAUGGCAACAAAGUCUCAAACAGCAAACAAAACGGCACCGGUAGCAGCCAGACAUUUUUUACAGGUGACCGGAAAAUCAAGGAAGUUGAUUUGCCAUGCUUUCCCAAAGUGCUGGAGACUCUGUUGGAUCAACUGAAGAAGGAGGACGGGCAGCGUGAGAUUAUUUCAAUUGUUGGAGAGGUCGGCAUCGGCAAGACUGUUCUUGCCAAGAAGAUCUACAACAACAUUUCGGUUCAGGGUCACUUUGAUUGCCUUGUUUGGGUUCAUGUUUCCCGGGAUUGCAAAGCUGGAGAGUUGCUGAACAAAAUUUUAGAGCGUUUUCAGCGUCCGGUGGCUGCAGAAGACAUGAAAGAGGAAGAUUUGCGGAAGAAGCUGUCUGAGUACUUACAAAAUAAGCGAUAUCUCAUUGUCAUGGAUGACCUGCGGAAAAUAGAAGGAUGGGACAAGGUAGAACAAGCCUUUCCUGAUGAUGGGAAAGGAAGUAGAAUCUUGCUCACAUGUCGGCCUGAGUAUGAGGAUCCCCAAGGAAGGCCACCCAUUUCCCAUUCACUUGGUCUGCUUAAUGAUAAAGAGAGCUGGAAUUCCCUUUGUGAUGGAAUCUUCACUGCAGGAAUAUGUGCUCCAAAGUUUGAAGUACCCGGAGAACAGAUGGCACAAAAAUGUAAGGGGUCACCUCUCUCCCUUGCAUUUUUAGGCCAUUUGUUAGUAAUGCAGCGGCAAAAUGUUGAGGCAUGGUACAAAUUAGCGAAUUAUUUAAAUACAUUCUCUAUUGAGGGUAGCGAUGAGCAUAGCAUAAACCUGCUUCUAAGCUAUGUCCAUGAAAAUUUACCCAAUCACUUGAGCCUCUGCUUUCUCUAUUUUGGUAUGUUCCCAGAAGGAGCUGAAAUCCCCGUAAGGCAAUUGAUCCAAUUCUGGAUAGCAGAAGGGUUUAUUCGGCAAAAGGGUAGUACAAAGAUGGAGGAUGUUGGGGAGCAAUACUUGGAGGAGCUCAUCAGACUCAACUUGAUCCAGGUGACUGCAAGGAGGACAGACGGUGGAGUGAAGACUUGCAGCAUCCAUGAUCUUUUCCGGAAGUUCUGCAUUUCCAAGGGUAGAGAAACGAAAUAUCUUGCAAUAUUGCUAGAGAAUUUAAGUGGUGCUGAUCAUGAAAAGACAUUUAGAAGACUGGCCAUUCAUGUCACCUCUUCAGAGGGUGUUUUCACAAAACUCCGCCGGUGUUCAGAUGUCCGUUCUUUCCAUUAUUCUGUCCUGGGUACUGAUCAUCAUGCUCCGCUUCCCACUGCUCGGUGGAGUACACUUUACAAAGGCUUCAAAUUGCUCAGGGUGUUGAACCUUGGGAUGAUAAAUGUGUCCAGAGUUCCUGAUGAGGUUGGAAGGCUAAUUCAUUUGAGGUACUUGAGGAUAAGAGCUCCGGAUAUGAAGCAUGUUCCUUCCUCUAUAUGCAAUCUUGUAAAUCUUCAGACACUGGACAUGAGAGAGUCUAGCUUGAGCAACUUGCCGGAAGGGAUUUGGAAGCUGCAGCAACUACGGCAUCUGCACUUGUGUCGGCUCCUUAAUUUUUGUGGUCAAGGAAAUGAUGAGAAAUCUCUUGGGAAACUCCAAACCUUGUCUUGCAUACGUCCCCAUAAAGACAUGAAGCGCCUUAUGGUCAAGGCCAAGUUCCCCAAUGUUAGAAAACUAAAACUAGAUAGCCAAGACCCGAAUGAAACGGCUGAAUUCCUUGAAAGCCUUGACCAUCUAUACCACCUCCAAUCACUCAAAAUUGUUUCAGCUUCUAAACUUCCUGAUUCAAAUGCAUUCCCCUUGACACUCACCAAAUUAACUUUGCAGGAUACAUCUCUUGUGGAAGAUUGUGUAAAAACACUAGAGAAGCUGCCUAAUCUUCGUGUACUGAAACUUCUACAAAAUUCUGUUAAUGGAGUGGAGAUUAAUUUCGGUGCAGGUGGGUUUGCUCAGCUCCAAAUCCUCCAAAUGGUGGAACUGAAAAUAACUACAUGGGUACUAGGAAGAAAGGCAAUGGUGAAUCUUCGACAUCUGGUCAUCAGUAAAUGUGAUCGUUUGGAGAAUAUUCCAGAUAACCUGAAGAGCUUGGGUAAUCUACAAAUAGUCGAGGCUGUUUGGCCCUCUACAAAUCAGAUAGAGACCCUUCAAAAAAUCCUGGGUAAGGAUGGGCCUAAGAUAAUGAUAACACCUGCAGAUAUGUCUGUUGCAUCAACUUGAAGAUGGUUGUUACGUGGUCCAAUGAGAGAUCCUAGAAGAUGGCAGAGUUGGGAGCAAGUCGUGCAGUAUUUGAAAAUUUGUAUUUGUGUAUGGGGUCUGUUAGGUUAGUGUUUGUUGGGUGUUUUAUUUGGUUGGCAGUCUUAUGGAUAGCACUGUGUUCAGCGUUGGGUAGGAAUAAAUUAAUAUUUUGGAUGAAGAUAGACUUAAUAGAAGUUGAGUUGUGGCACCUUUGAAGUUCUUUCACGUGGGAAUCUCUUCAUUGUGCGUAGUUCUUGAAUAAUGCGCGACUAUGGAAUAAAAGUA